AUGACUGAUCAAACAUUAUUAGCAAAAGCUCGUAAAGCACGAUUUGAUGAUUUACCAAAUUAUUCUGGACAUCCUUCUGAGGAUGUCGAACGGUUUUUAAAAAGCAUCAAGAAUAUAACCAGGGCAACUGAUGAAUCAAAUAAUCAUGAAAUUCUAGAAAUUGCUCGUGGUAAACUAAUUCAAUCAGCAGGAAUAUGGUUCGAUAAUAAUGAACCUAAUUUCAAAAAAUGGUCGGAUUUCGAAACUGCAUUUCGAAAUCGAUAUUUUUCUACAACAUCAACUCAUAAGAAAUUUGAUACAUUAAAACAACGUAAACAAUUACCGGAUGAACCGAUCACGUCUUAUUUCGAUGACAUUAUUAAUUUAUGCCGGGAAAUUGAUUCAAACAUGUCAGAAAAAAUUAUAAUUCAAUAUUUAAUGAGUGGAAUUAAUCCUGAUUUUAAGAAGGAAUUAUCAAGACGUGAAUCAUCUAUCAAUACAUUGAAUGAAUUUUUAAAAUAUGCAAAAAUUGAACAAGAUUUACAUGAUACAUUUGAUAAUCUAUUACUUGAUUCACAACAACGUCAUCUCAAUUAUAAUCACUCAUCAAUUCCAUCAUUAACUACUACCGUUAAUCAACCAAAACAAUAUUAUAAUAAAAUGAAGCACACCAAUUAUGUUUCACAUUCAGCACAAUUUCAGAGCUCCGUUUCUCAGCGGAACUCGAUUCCAACACUUGGAAAUUG